CCCCGCCGCCCCCGCCCCUGCGCGGGCCCGAGGGCGGGGCAGGCCCUGGGGCCGGGUCUUGCCCUGACCCUGGGAUCAGAAGGUGGCUCGGGCAGGGCCAAGUCGCCGGUUCCCAUGCGGAUAGUCCGACACCGGCUCCGGCUCCGCACUUUGAGGACCGUGGUCUUCUUCUUUGCCUCCAUAUGCGCAUGGUACUCCGGGUACCUGCUUGCGGAGCUCAUUCCAGAAGUCUCCCUGACCAGUGCUGUCUAUAACCUCAGGAGCAUCUCCGAGAAGCCCCUCCUGAAGGCCCCAGCCCCUAAAAGGCAGAAAUGCGAUCACUGGACCCCGUGCCCCUUGGACAGCUACGCGUAUCGCCUGCUCAGCGGGGGCGGCAAGGACAAGUUUGCCAAAAUCUGCUUCGAAGAUGAGCUGCUCAUGGGAGAAAAGACUAGAAAUAUUGGAAGAGGAAUAAAUAUUGCCAUUGUCAAUUAUGUGACUGGGAAAGCGAUAGCAUCACGGUAUUUUGAUAUGUUUGAAGGUGAUAACUCUGGACCGAUGGUGACCUUCAUUCAGAGUGCACCUCCCAAGUCCCUGCUCUUCAUGGUGACCCAGGACGACGGUGCAAGCAGGCUGAAGGAGGACGCCAAGAAGGUCAUAGAAGCCCUUGGAAGUAAACAAAUCAGGAGCAUCCGGUUCAGGUCCAGCUGGGUGUUUCUCACAGCAAAAGGCUUCGAGCUUCCUGCAGAAAUUCAGAGAGAAAAUGUUCUGAAGACACGGGAUAAACCCAGCUCGCGGCACUGCCAUGGCUCAAGCCGGCUUGCUUUUAAGCCCCCAUCGUGUCCCCUUUAUGGAAGAGUAGAAAGAGCAAGAGAAUCAAGUUGUAAUGAAUUAAUUUGGUCGCCUGUGAAAAUUGCAACUGAGCACUGGUGAACGUCAGAGUCCCCAGCCGGCGCCUCUGGGGACGGUCACAUGGCCCCUUUGGGAGACACAGCUCUUUGGGAGACAAGACAGCUCCCAGGAGAGGAAGGAGCAGUCGCAUGACCAUGGAGCGAAAUCACCGACUCUUCCCAGGGAAAGGCUUCCUCUCCUGGAGCCAGAAACUCGGAGGAGACAGAGGCUGGGCACCCUCAGCCAGGGCGAGUGGCUGCUUCUGACUUCAGGCUGGGACCCCUGGUCUUGGUCCUGGUCCCCUCCUGGCACCGUGUGCUGUGGCUGUGGGUCUGGGAAGGGAGACAGACGGAGGCAGACCGCGGCUGGGCCUCUCCUUGUUGGCAGGAUCCCCUCGCAGGGGAAGGGGGCCGGGGGAGGUGGGAGGUCAGUGUGGCCGCGCGAGCAGGUGACUCAUCGCCGGCUCCCAGGGGCGCCCCGCAGCCCCUCUGAAGCCCCCCAGACGCAGCACUCUGGAGGCUCCGAAAUCAGGCUUGUUUAACACGCGUCGACAAAAGCACGUUUCCCCUUGUGACUCUCGCGUGCUUUCGUGGACCGAGCCAGUCGUGCAGGACGUGUCGGGAGCGUCUACUCGGUGCUCUAGCGUGGACUUCUUGGUACUAGUGACUGGGUCUGGACACCACCCAGUGUACCGGCAGGACCUCAGACACAUGUCCCAGUGAGAGACAUGCCCCGGGCUCUGUGUGGUAGCACCGUCUGGACCACACGGCAUAGUGCGCUAAGUCAGGCACAGCCAGGGGCCGGGGCUUGGCGUCCUGUGUCAGAUUUGCCAGGGGCCACGAGUGAUCCCAUGCAAACCGCUUGACCUCCAUGGGCCUGUCUGCUGCUCUGGGCAAUGGGUUGAAAUCUAGGUAGCUCCUCAGGGCCCGGCGGCUCUGACGGGGAGAUGCACCCCGCAGACCCGUGGCCUUCAUCAGGCUGACCCCGCCGAUUAAGACAGCAUGCCUCUCCUCGGCCCUUGUAUGAUCAGCAGCAGUCUGGCCCUUUAAGGAUCUCCCGGCUUCUUCCGCUCAGCUGUGUGGUCUUGGGAAAGUUACUCAGCCUCUCUGUGCCUCAGAAUCCUCUCUCAGGAGAAAGGAAUAAAGACCACGCCUGCCUACCGCGGAGUAAGUGUGACCACACCUACCACACCUGAAGAGUACUCAGUACUGAGAAUAGUGUAGAGUCCUGGAAUCCAGAGCGACUUUGCAGGCCACCAGAGCAGGGUGGGGCCUGGCGGGUGAUUCUGAUGCACGGGAAGGGUUGGACCCAUUGUCCUGAUAGAGGUCCCAAUCCCCUGUGCCCCUCCCGGCUUCCCCCUAACAUCACCUUCUGCCACCCCCCUCCAGUUGCGUUACCCCGUGCUCUCCUUCCUCCGCGCUCCCACCUCCCUGGGGGCCUCUCCCCGCCAGCCGCGGGUCGGGAGGCAGCCAGAGCGCAGGCCAGGCCCCGAGGAAAGUGCUGCCCUCCCUGCCAUGCCUCUGGGGCCCCAGGGGGUCCUCGCUAUCGGAAAAGCCUAGAGUGAGGAGCAGCUCUAACGUCUCAACAGCCAGCUUCCCUGUCAAUGUUCCACUAAGAUGUUUAAAAUAAAAUUGAUUUGAAUCGCAAAGUA